AGGAACAACGGGCCGGUGAGGAGCAGCCGCCGCCGUCUCCGCCGUAGCUCGGUCAGCGCCACUCGCUCUCGGGCCGUCGUCUCCCAUCCCGACAUCCCGCCCGAGGACGCCGAGGCUGAAGCGCGGCGGGGAGACCGUCUGGCCCUGCGGCGGCGCGGCCGGCGGUGGUGACAGCCUGGCCCGGCCCGACGCGACGCGACCCGCCGCCCGCCCUCAGCACCCGCAGCAAUGAUGAACCGGGGCGGCGGUAGCCCGUCGGCCGCCGCCAACUACCUGCUCUGUACCAACUGCCGGAAAGUGCUGCGGAAGGAUAAAAGAAUCAGAGUAUCUCAGCCCUUGACAAGAGGACCAAGUGCCUUUAUUCCAGAGAAGGAAGUUGUUCAAGCAAACACAGUGGAUGAACGUACAAACUUUCUCGUGGAAGAAUACUCCACUUCGGGUCGUCUGGACAAUAUAACGCAGGUUAUGAGUUUACACACUCAGUACCUGGAGUCUUUCUUGCGGAGCCAGUUUUACAUGUUGCGCAUGGAUGGUCCCCUUCCUCUACCAUAUAGGCACUACAUCGCGAUAAUGGCUGCAGCUAGACAUCAGUGUUCUUACCUAAUAAACAUGCAUGUGGAUGAGUUUUUGAAGACUGGAGGUAUUGCCGAGUGGUUGAAUGGUUUGGAAUACGUCCCUCAAAGACUGAAAAAUCUUAAUGAAAUAAAUAAGCUGCUAGCACACCGACCCUGGCUGAUCACGAAAGAGCACAUUCAGAAACUUGUCAAAACUGGAGAAAACAAUUGGUCUUUGCCUGAACUAGUGCACGCUGUGGUCCUACUGGCACAUUAUCAUGCUUUGGCAAGCUUUGUUUUUGGUAGUGGCAUUAACCCAGAGAGAGAUCCAGAAAUCUCCAAUGGAUUCAGGAUAGUAUCAGUCAACAAUUUCUGCGUUUGUGAUCUUGCCAAUGACAACAACAUAGAAAAUGCAUCCCUUGCAGGCAACAACUUUGGGAUUGUGGAUUCUCUGAGUGAGUUAGAAGCCUUAAUGGAAAGGAUGAAGAGGCUUCAAGAAGACAGAGAAGAUGAAGAAACAUCUCAGGAAGAAAUGACCACUCGCUUUGAAAAGGAGAAAAAAGAAAGUCUUUUUGUGGUCUCUGGAGAUACUUUUCAUUCAUUUCCUCAUUCAGAUUUUGAUGAUGACAUGAUUAUAACAUCUGAUGUCUCUCGAUACAUUGAAGAUCCUGGUUUUGGAUAUGAAGACUUUGCCAGACGAGGAGAAGAGCAUUUGCCAACAUUUCGUGCUCAGGACUACACCUGGGAAAAUCAUGGGUUCUCCCUGGUGAACAGGCUGUAUUCUGACAUUGGACAUCUUCUUGAUGAGAAGUUUCGGAUGGUCUACAACCUCACCUAUAACACUAUGGCAACCCAUGAGGAUGUUGACACAACCACGCUGCGCAGAGCUUUAUUUAACUAUGUUCACUGUAUGUUUGGAAUCAGGUAUGAUGACUAUGAUUAUGGAGAAGUUAAUCAAUUACUUGAACGAAGCCUGAAGGUUUACAUUAAGACAGUGACCUGCUAUCCUGAAAGAACUACCAAGCGCAUGUAUGAUAGUUACUGGCGUCAGUUCAAACAUUCAGAAAAGGUUCAUGUCAAUCUACUUUUAAUGGAAGCAAGGAUGCAAGCUGAACUACUUUAUGCUCUUCGUGCCAUAACUCGGCAUUUGACCUGAAGUGUCACCCAGGGACAGUGUCAUAUAUGUGUAAAGACUUUUUCACUUUCAAUUUACAUCAGAAGCUGUUUGUGAUAUAGCAUCAAAAUUAUUCACUUCUCUAGUGUCAGAGUUUAGCUGUUUUGUUUUUGUUUUUGUUUUUCCUUCUGGCUGUAAUGUGCAAUGAUGUGUUUUAUUUUUUCUUGAUGCUUAACAUUACUAACAAUUGCAAAAAUAAUACUGAGGAGCACUACUUUGCGUUGUUUAUAGUUGGAUUUUUGGACACCGAUCAUAAAUCAUGAACAUGGUUGUUAAUGCUUGACUUCAGUGUUUUGGGGUUUGUGUAUAUGUGUAUUUUUUCUUUACUUUUUUUUUUUUUUAAAAAAUAAGGAAAAGCGCUUACAAUCUGCUCACGCAGUUGUUCUUCAGAUGUUGGAAUUCAGCAAAGAAUGACCUCCUUUGGCCAUUCUGUAAUCUUCACGUUGUGUCCUAAAUCUGGUAGAGGAAAAGCAUGCGCUGUUGAACCAAGCUGCUCACUGGACACAGUGUUGUGUCCCUAGGAAAAUUAUUUGUCAGGCACUGUGUGUUUUCUUACUUGUAGUUUUUUUUUUUUAAACUGCUAUUGGCAAUAACAUGAAAUGUGAUACAGCCAUUGUCCAUAAUUUAAUGUGAACUUAAUCAUGAUGAAUUCUAUAGCAUGCUACUGAAAUACCAAAUUCAGCUAUUUUCUUUCUCUCUUACAACAGAGGUUUCGGUUUUCUGUAUUAGAUGUGUAUAUGAAAAGCAGAAUUAUGCACAAUCCUUUCUGUCACUGACAGCGAUCCUCAGUUACCUGAAAUAAUCAGUGCUCACAGUGCUGCUCACCCUUGACCCAAUCGGCACAUAGAAACCUGUACCCACACAAGACUGACCAAAAAUUUUCUUUGCACAUUUUUCUUUUCUCAUAGGUUUUUCUAUAUUACAAUAAGCAAAGGAUGGUUAAUAGUUCUAUAUUUUUUUUUCUGUUAGGCUUUUAGAAAUUGUUUUUCAUUAUUUUCUUCUUAUAAUAGUUAAACAGUUUGUAAUUCAAAGGUAAAAAUUGUGUUUCUAUGCAUUAAUGUGAUGGAACAACAAAAGAGUGCAAUAUGUUCUAAAAAAUACUCAACUAAACUUUUCCCCUAUCGUAUCACUGCAGAAGUGUCCUUUAAAACAGAGCCAUAAAGAAAUUUUAUUCAAAUUUCUUUAUUGCACUAGGCUUUUUUUCUGUUUUACCUUACUAGGACUAAACAAUGUUCUUUUUAUAAUGCCAAAGCAUUCCCUUCACAAAAAAUCUCUUUGGACAACUGGUUUAAAAAGGUAUCAAGUCAUAGGGGAGGAAUAAGUGGCCAAAAUGUCACAUUUUUGCAUUGGUCUAUGUUGUUUGAUUAGACUAUCUUCAGAGAGCACAACAUUAUGUGUUUAUAGCUUUAAUUUGUAUUAUGUUAGUGAACCAGUGAAGUGCCUAAAGAGAUGCUUACAACUAUCCAGUAGGACACAACUGCACUGCUUAAAUACAUUUUGAUUAAUUAAAGGUGACUUGAAUUUUACACAUAUAUGGUAAUUUUUAAAAGCAUAUCCAUUUUGCCAUAGUAAAUAACAUCAUUAAAAUUUUCCAUUAUAGUUGCCACAGAAAUUUCAUUUUAGACUUAUGUUAUAGGACUUACUUUUUUUCUCUCGUGAAAUAAUCAUGGGCUAGUGUUAUGCUAAAUCAUCUUUUCCCUUCUAUUUAUCAUCUGUCUCUAGUACAAUAUAUUAGGUUGCUUUCCUUUAGAUUUUGUUCCAGAUAGGAAAACAAAAAUGACUGUAAACCUAUUAAUGUAAGCUAGUUCUGUGUUUUUGGAUUUGAGGAUCUUGUUUGAAAUCUUCCAUGAGGAAAAAAAAAAUGAGUAAUAUUUUUCAGGACAGGGUGGUUUAUUUAAAGAGAUGAUUCAAAGAACUCAUGUCAGAUCUCUUGUGUUUUGUUUAUUGCAUAUACCCUAUGUUGAUUUUUUUCAGUACCACAUUGUACAGAUAAAUAUUAAUUACAAGGAAAGUAUUGAAGAGAAUGAUAGAACACUGAUAACAACAUAAAAGUCCAUUUAAUUUCUCUAACUUUAGGACUUUCAUGAUGAGGGUGUCUUUUAUUCUUGCAUUUUUAUUAGAAUCUUUUAAAUCAAUAGUCUAUCAUUUUGUGCAGGUGAACUGUAUUACAGAAUGAAAAAGAAAUGACUUUUAUGUAUUGAAUCCGAGGGAAAAUUCUCACAGAACACCAUAUGAGCUUUAGACCAAAAGGGGAAACAAGGUAUAAGUAACUAAAAUGGCCACUUUUUGUUCUUUUAUUUUUCCCCCUGAAAUGUAAGCAGUUAGUUUGAGUUUUGUAGAUAAUUAGUGCCUUUAAUAGAUAUCUUUCCUAGUAAAAUUUUUUUUUUGCUCAACAUUGAUCCAUCUCUUUAGUAAUCAGGAAAUGAAGUUGGCUUGGAACUAAAAGCAAAAUAAAACAAUGCAAGUACAAGCUUCAGUAAACCAGCCUGACUUCUAAAGGUGCUUAUGCACCAGAUGAAAGGCAGCAGCAUUGUUCCAGGCUAUGAAUCCCUUUUGACAAUGAGUUUGUUAUCAACUCUCCCUAUCCAGUGCAAACUUGAAAUUAUGAUGCGGUUUGCCAGGGUGGUAUUUUUUUCCAGAGUAUUGAAUUUAUUAGGUAGUAAUUUAUAGUGUAGCUUUUUAUAUUAAAAUGUGAUAUUUUUUAAAAAAGAUACCUGGUUCAAUUGGUAUAAUAAUGUGAUUAUAUGCUAAUCACCUUGGGCUCACAUUGUGCCAAACUUAAAUGUGCAAGUAUACAUAAAAAAAGCACAUGCGAAUGUGAACUCUUUAAUUCCUUGCUUAUUGUGUUAAAAUUACUCUUAAUAAUUCACUGAAAUAUAUGCUUGAAUAAUGUGUAUUUACUUUGAAAUUUCAAGUUUUCCAGCUUUGAUGAUACUUCUUCAUUUCUCAGAUCACUGUAAGAAAUAUCAAAAUAACCUCCCGUGUGAAAGUCAAUCUAUUCUUUAACCCACUUGACUACAGCCAGUGCCUCACUGAACCCCUCAGGUUAGGCUUCCUCAGGUGGACUUGUGAGAAUUAGGGGAAAGAGGCUCUGGAGAAAAACUCCUUCAUCCUUUGUUUUUCUUUUUUUAAACUAGGUACAUAGUCUCAGUCUCAGGAAGAAUUCGUCUCACUUGGGGUACUCUUUAAAUAAAAGAUGACUAACAUGGAAUCUGGGGGUAUGGCUCUGGCCUUAUAUCAUAGUUUAAACCCAGUAAUGGCAGAGCAACAUAGUGCUGUUUUUAGAAUAGAAAACCAAAUGUAAGGUUUAUAUAAAAAUCACAUAAAACUUGAACCAGAGCCCUAUUUUGUGUUAUAAUGUCUCCUAAAGAUUUUUAAUACUUCUGAAGUUUAAUUAAUAUUAUUUCUGAGCAACUCUUUCUUGCCUGAGUUCAAUUUUUUUUUUUGUUUUUAUUCUUUUUUUUUAAAUUAGGAAUCGAACUCAGGACCUUGCACUUGCCAAGCAGGUGCUUGUGCCACUGAGCUAUAACCCCGGCCCCUGACUCAAAAGUUUUUAACCUGAAAUUUUAGGCUUUUGUCCCACAGAAAAAUUUAUUUAUGAGCAAUUAAUAUAAAUAAAAUAUUUCACCACCUUUAGGAUAGAUGCAUACAUGAUAGAUUUUUUUAAUUAAAAAAAUUCAUCAGGGGAAAAAAGCAAAUUUCAGUGCAUGCUGUAAAGAGGUUUGCACUGUGAUAGUAAAAUGAGGGGGUUGGUUUUGGUUUUGGUUUGAUUUUUUGCCUAUGAUGUGUUUUAUAGAUAGUUCUAAGUCAUUUCUGGAAAGCAAGACCUUAAAUGUUCCUUUUUAUCUAAUAAAUGGUCUUGCAUGGAGUUAAAAGUAUGCAACAAUGAUGCUGUAAAACUAAUAUUUAUUUUCUUAGCACCAUUCAAUACUAAACUGAAAGAUACAUGGCUCCUCUGUUUAGACUGGGCUUUACAUUAUAUAAUUUGUAUAAUCAGAAUCUAUUCUAGGUGGCCAUCAUUCUAAACUGUGUUUCCCUAUUAUAUCUCUGUGGAGACUGAGAAUCCAAUUAAGUAGUCUUUCCUCAAAGAAGUACUGUAAUAUGAAUGUAUUUAUCUCAGUCAACAAAGCUUACAUGACCACUGUAUGUGGAGCUUAUUCGAUGCUGAUUUGGCUUAGUUAGCAGUAUCUGCUCAGGUGAGACGUGGAACAAAUACAGCUGGGGGUGAGGCAGAUUGCAGAGGUAGAAGUAUACGUCAGGAUAGCCCUGGGAGGAAGGAAACGUUUCCAAAAACUGUAGGAAACAUAACAGUGAGAUGGUGGCUUUCCUCAGCAUCAUCCACCUAAUAUACAGGAAGCUCCUGCAUUUAGUCCUCUCUUUCCUGCCUGCUUUCUCUUCCUCCAAGUGCCUCAACCUGGACACCUUCACUUACCUUCCCUUCCCUCAGCCGGUCUUGGUCUGAACACCUUUCAAGAUCCAAACCAAGCAUCACCAGCCACCUGCUGAUAGUCACCAGCACUUACUUUUCUGAGUUACGUUUUCUCCAUUCGUGAAGAUUAUGGCUGUUACAACUCCCUCUACAUCCCUCACCUGUCCAUCCAUCUGUCUCCUGACUUUUGACUGGCUUAUUCCCCUUGCUGCCCUUCCGUCCUGUCCACCCUAUCCCACGUUAUGCACAUCAGUUUAAUCUUGUCCACCCCACACUGUUUACCCUUUUCCCAACUGCCAAAAUACCGUGUUCUCCUCUACCUCAUCCCCAAAGAGCCUAUAAAUUCAGAGUAUCCAGCCUUUUCAUGGGUUCACUCUCUCUUCAGUAAUACUACUUCCAUAUUUUAAAUAAAUCAUAGAAGAUUUUGCCUUCUAUCAAAGUAGGAAUCUUUAUAUUUAUACAUGAUACAGAAAUUGAACUAUUUCUACCAUGCAGAAUUUAGCAUUUAGCAGGAUUGUAAAGUGAUUAAAUUGCCAUCCAUAACCUGGAUCUAUAUUAGAUAAUGAAUAUUGGUGUUAGUCCAAGUUAUUUGAAUGUAAAGUUAAAAUUCUCCAGCAGUCCAGAUUGACCUGUAGCCCUUUAGUGGAACAGGAAAUUUCUGGCAUAUAAAUGGAGUGCUGUUUCAGUUAUUUGUUUUAUUGGUGGCAUUUGGGCCAUGAAACACAUUUCUUGUAAGAGGACAUUGAUAACAGUGUUUAGAUGGUCUGACCAGAUUACAGAAGACCAUUAAAAAUACCACAAAACUGGGUACAUAAGGGUUUGACUAGGCUUUCUAGGGUUAGACUAAACUUCUAACCCCCAUCCCUACCCCAUUCUCAUGGAGGCAAGUGUCUUCUAUGGGAUGAAAAGAGAAUGCAUUGAUUUUAUAGUCUGUUCCCCUCGCUGCUCUUCAGAGAUGUCCAGAUAGUAUCAUUAAAGACAAAAAUGCAAAUUCUUCCUCUCCAGCCUAUGUGUAACUCAGCAUUGUUUGAGAUUAAACGGCCUCUGGUUUCUAACAUGGGGCACAUGAACUAUAGGUGAUUUUCUGACUAGAAGGUGAACCACCCUGAAUAAGAGUAUAGAUUAAUAUGAAUUCUGGUGGUAUUUGCAUGUUUCUCAUCUUAGUCAUGAAUAGCCCAACCUGACCACAGUGUCUACUAAAUCCCUUUAAAGGUCCAAAAGUGAACCCAGCUGCUUACUUAAGAAAUAAGACUUGGAGACUGAAAGUUUUAUUCGGUCAUGUAUCAUGAAGUGUUUACUCUGGCUUUAACCUAAUUAUGACUGUGCUACCAUGAAGUACAGAAAAAGAAAAAAUAUAGGGGAAAGAAGAGAGUAUCUGGUUCUUUUGAAUGCUUAUAAAAAUCUUUGAAAGAAUACAGUGCAUACUAUCAUAUGGCCUUUAAAACAAAUGCCCCAUUUUAUAUUUCAUAGGACAUCAUCAAACAUGAAUAAGUCUAAAUAUGAUAAAUAUAAUUUUUGGUAUGAAAAUUUUUGCUAAAACAAUCUAUUUUCUUGUACCCCUCAAGUUACCCUCUUAAAAAUGAAUAUAUAAUUUCUAUAGAAAGAAUAUUAAAGACGGAAAAAGAAUCUUCAGUCUUUAGUGUUAAACUAUCAUUUACAGAUUCUGACUAAGCAUAUACAUUAUGACACAGAAUUAAACUAAUUAUAUAUCUUUCUUACAUUAACCAGUCUUUCAAAUUUUCAACUGGCUCCCCUAAGUCUGAUAAGGAAGGAUCAAGAGGUAGGAUAAGGAAAUGUAUCAGUGGGGUGGCCAAGAAUUUUCCUUUGGAAAGCUGAGAGGUUGGUUUCUUCUUUUCUAAUCUCUAUUUCUUUUAAAUACAAGAAGAGUUAAACGGUACCCUUGUUCACCAAGGAAAUUGAUCCCAACUCUGUAUCUAGUACAAAUUUUUCUUUGUUUUCAUAUAUCUUCUCUGGAGAGAAAGUACAAUUUUUUCUUUCUUCUUUCUCUUUACAUUUAACUCUUUAGCCCAAAAUAAAAUAGAUACUGAAAAUAAACCACAUGCAGAUAAACAAGAACCCUGUCUGGUCACCUUGGAAUAUGUGACCUUGUCUCUUGGAUUAGCUCCUUCAAACCUGAAAAUUACUUUCCUGGCCAUGGAAGAACUGGAUGUAUCCUUCAACUUAUGAAAUAGGAUUUGAACUUGAAAACUUUUUUUUAAAUCCUGAUUUUGCAGGGCAGCUACAUAAUGAAUGUAUAUAUUAAGACUUUGUAGCUGAAUUGCACAUGAAAUCAGAUUGCCAACUUCUUGAUUUUCAAUUUUAGACAUCAUUUAAUCCUUAUUUGUGAGCGAUAUAUGUAGCAUGCUGUGAAAUGUCUAUUAUAGUUCUUUACUUCAUCAGUAUUAAUACAGAAUUAUCCUUUGCGUUCCUUGGUACUUUUUAUUCAAUGUAAUCAGAAGCUGUGAUGUUUUGCCUUUGUAGUCCUGUGCUUUGUUACUGUAAUUUUUUUUGUUUUUUUACGAAGCACGUGACUUUGGACUAAUGUAAGGCGGAUGACGUGAUCUUAAGACUGCUCUAUAUAUCAGUCUCUUACUCUAUAAGGUUUUAAAUUAGAAUAAGCUUUAUCAAAUAGAUCAUUGAUGCAAUUUAGAAUUCACACAAGUUCAGCAUCAAAUGGCAGUCUUAUCUUUAUAGUUUCAAUUCUAAAAAUAGCAAACUUCAUAAACAGCCACUUUAAACUUGUUCUGGCAAACCAGACCCUGCUGUAGAUAUAGUGUAAGGUAGUUAACCAUAUAAGCCUUUUCAGCUCUUAAGGCCCUCCACAUGAGUCAGCAGUUAAGGAGAUUAUAGAACCACGAAAGCUUUCUGUAUGUAUAACUAGGUUUUAUUUUUCUUAUGUUGCUGAUUUUACAAUUCUGACUAAAGCUGACCUGAGUGGAUCAGCUUAUGUGUAAUAUUCUAGUGCUUUAAUGCCUUUUUUUUUUUUUGGAGGGAUGGGUAAUAUUAUUUGAAGAGAUGCAGAAGGAACUGUUAGUGAGUCAAGAUACACACAUUUGAAAUAAAGAAAUUGUGUAUUAACAUGUUAACAAUUCAUAACUGCACUUUUUAUGACAUUUUGAAAAUCUAUUUAUAGGUACAGAACAAUGGGUUUUGUUAAACUGUAUCACAUUUAUACUUGCAGAAAUUUAUUUCAUUGUUAUUAGUAGGAAUUUUAUUGGUUCAAUAAAAUUGGCAAAACUGAA